AAGCUCUCUGCCCUUUUCUUCCCCUGCCCUGUUCUUCUUCAUAUGUACUUUUCGCAGUUGGAUUCUCUCUCUCUCUCUCUCUCUCUCUCUCUCCGGUGUUUAGAUUGGUUUCUCAGGCAUCAAGAGAAAUCAAUUCGCUGUCCACACUUUUUUCAACUGUGUGUGUCUGUGUGUGCUUUUUUCCUUCUUGGAUAAAAUUCUGUUACUUUUGAAUUCAACCCAUUAGGAAACAACCAUAUCCUUCCCCCAUUUCUCACACAGGGUGGCAGCUUCUUACAUACUCUGUCUCUCUCUCUCUCUCUCUCUCUCUGUAGUUGAAGCUUUUUUUUCACUGCUUUGGCUUUUGGGUGGAAUUCAUUCUCCCUUGAUUUCGUCUCUUUGUGGAAAGAAAAAGGGAAAAAGGCAGGGGCUGAUAAUUUUGUACACACACACACACACACACACACACACACACACACACACACACAUAUAUAUAUAUAUAUAUAUAUAUAUAUAUAUAUAUAUAUAUAUACGUGUGUAGUAUAGGCAGAGCGAUUGAGAGGGAGAAUUUCAGGAUUUUUGUGGAUUAAUGGAGAGAGGGUACUUAGGAGGAGGGAGUAGUGAAUAUCAUCCAUAUGAGAGCAGUGGCGGGGUGGUGAUGUCCAGAGAUCCCAAGCCCAGGCUGAGGUGGACGGCCGAUCUUCACGACCGGUUUGUCGACGCCGUCACCAAGUUGGGUGGCCCUGAAAAAGCGACUCCAAAGUCGGUGCUGAGAUUAAUGGGUUUAAAGGGCUUGACGCUGUACCAUUUGAAGAGCCAUUUACAGAAGUAUAGACUUGGACAGCAGGCCAAGAAACAAAACACCGCAGAACAAAACAACGAGAACUAUGGUGGUUCCUAUUUAGAUUACCAGGUGCAUUCCUCUGGUGCAACUACCAAUUCAUCAGGAGUUAACAGUGAACAAGGAGAAAUGCCAAUUGCAGAGGCAUUGAGGUGUCAGAUUGAAGUCCAGAAAAGAUUACAAGAGCAGCUUGAGGUACAAAAGAAGUUGCAGAUGAGAAUAGAGGCACAAGGGAAGUACUUGCAAGCAAUACUAGAUAAAGCCCAAAAGAACCUAACACUUGACAUGAACUGCUCUGGGAGUCUUGAAGCCACUCGGGCUCAACUUAACAACUUCAAUCUGGCUCUGUCAAAUCUCAUGGAGAACAUGAACGAGGAGACAACAAACGAAAACAUAGUUGAGAAGAGAAUAACAACGAAUGACAUUCACAUGAAAACAAACGGGUCUCUUUUCUCUGGAGAGGAACUGGAAAAGAAAGACAUCAAGCUUAAGGUCGAAGGCGGUUCCAUAAGUUUUGAUUUGAAUACCAGAGGAAGCUAUGACUUUUUUGGUACCAGUGGACCUGAAUUGGAAACCAAGACACUAGCAUAUAGGAGUUAGGAGUUAAAAUUUUUGAAUUUCACCUUUUCCUUUGAUGUUAUGCAACCUUAGUACGUGGUUUAACCUCAAUAUCUUCCAUACAUUUGCUGUCAAUACUAAGCUUAGAUAGAUGACUUGAAUGUAUAAUUGAGAAUCUUGCCAUGUUGACUCAUCAGCCGAUACCAUUUGGCGGUGUUCAUAAGCUUUGUAGGGUGUUUUUUUACAUUAAGAAUCUAAAGAAAGAUCAUGAAAUCCUUUUCCUAGAA